CUUCAUAGUGAAGAGUUUCAGAGCGCCUACCCACAGACCCGUGUGGCUGCAGUCAAAUGUUGAGGCGCGUACAGUGUGAGUGAAAUAUCGCAGGUAGGAGCGCGCACUUCACUUUGUGCUUCGCAAUACUGCUCGAGUCCAACGUGCUAUGCCUUCCGAAAUUUUGGUUGGAGAGGGGGAAGGAUAGGAUGGAGAACAAGGCGACUGAGGUCUGUGUGGACUGAAGACAAGAGCGCGCUAUGGAGAUGACCGCUCGCCUCGCGCACUUGGACACCAAGGUGGAUGGCAGAAACUGUGAUGGGCUUGUCAACCAUAACGGAGAGACUACAGAGAUAAGAGUACCGCUCUCUCACACGGGGAAGAGACUCAGUCCGAUCGAGGGGGGAAAUCUUUAUAGACUGCGUGACAGAAAGUUCCUUUUGGAGGACAAGAAGCGCCUCUGCGCGUGGGCACUGGGAACCGCGUUGUUAGGCAUUCUGCUGAUGGUAUUACAUGCUGAGCUGUGCCCAGUAGUGUAUCAGCCAGGAUCCAUAUAUGCCCUCUCCAUAAACGGUCUCAUCAGUUUCUCCACUGGGUGUCUGCUCAUUCUCAUCAUCGCCUUCCAUUAUAAAGACAUCAGACUUUUCAUCAUUGACCACAACCAGGUGGACUGGCGCAUUGCCAUGACCAGUAACCGAGUGCUUGGCAUCUCCCUGGAGCUCAUUGUCUGUGCUAUCCAUCCUGUGGCCAUCUACCUGAGGCCAGAUAUGGGGGGCAGACUUGGGGGGAAACCGGAGCAAAAUUCCUCUACCCCCCUCUGCUUGUCCUCCAGUCACAAAGAAGUCAUGCUCGAUGUGGAGCUGCUGCUGUCGGCCCUCAUGUUCCUGAGACUGUAUCUCGUGCACAGAGCCGUCCUGUUACACAGCAAGGUGCUCCUCAGCGCCUCUUACAGGAGCAUCGGCUCGCUCAACAACAUCAACUUCAGCUUCCGCUUUGUGCUCAAGGUGUUAAUGAACAAGUAUCCGGCCCGCACGCUGCUGGUCUUCAUUAUGUUCUUCUGGCUCUCCGCUGCUUGGAUGCUGCGGCUCUGUGAAAGGCAGAAGCAGGUCGAGACAGGUGGCAUGGACACAGCACUGUGGCUCAUAGCCAUUACCUUCCUCACAGUGGGCUAUGGAGAUGUGUCCCCUCACACCAGCUGUGGGAAGUUGGUGUGUCUCUUCACAGGCGUCAUGGGUGUGGCAUGUACUGCUAUGUUGGUAGCAGUCAUGACUAAGAAAUUGGCGCUUAACAAAGGGGAGAAACAUGUGCAUUUCUUCAUGAUGGACAUUCAGAUCUCCAAGCGGAUCCGGCACGCAGCAGCCGAUGUGCUUAGAGAAUGUUGGCUACUGCAUCGCACCACCCAGACAAAGGACAACAGCGGAGAGCAUCGACAUCAUCAGAGAUGCCUGCUGGAGGCUAUCCGUGUAUUUCGUCACUUGCGGUUGAAGCAGAGGAAGAUAAGGGACUAUGCCAGUGAGAUGGUGGAUCUUUCGAAGAUGCAGAUGAUCAUGUGUGAUCUGAGUGCAAACUGGAACAGCUCUUAUCAUGAGCUUGAACAGCGAAUCAUCUCCAUGGAGCAGAAGCUAGACGAGCUGGGACGCUCCUUCCAAAGCACCUCCGAGCUGCUCACACAGGCGCUGCAUCGCCGUAGACUGGACCACAGGUGACCUGUGACAUCUCUUUUGGAAGGCUAUCCUCUGAAUGUUCUUCAAUCAAACCACUUGAACCGAAGGAGGAUUAACAACCACCGCAGACAUCUUUUUUUAUUUAGUUCUGCUAUGCCUAUUUAUGAACAUUUCCUCAAUUCUCAAUUCUACAAACAUGAACCUGAGAAAAGACCAUUUUUGGUUACUUUAAACUUUUGACCUUUGAUUUAGAGUUUCAGUUCAUAAUUGAUACAAAAACUAAGAGAUAGAAAUUCUGGUGUUACAUGAAGAAACAAAUCCAGAUUCCUUGUAAAACAAUAGCACAGGUCUCAGAGUGAUUUAUAUCAUUGUGAAAGUCACAGAAAGGAUGUGAAUUCUUCUAUUAUUAUUCUAUUUCCAAACUGUCAGUCUCUCUAUAGACUGACAGUUUGGUCUAUCUAGGUGAUACUGGGGACGUUCACCUGAAGCUCAGAUGUUUAUCUCAAAAUUGGGAAGUAUGAAUCAAGCAGAGUAGCUUGAUUAUAAUUUUAUCUCUAAUUUGAUACACUCUUUUCCA